AUGAAGGAGAAUAAGCAAGAUCCUGCUCAACAUAGCCAUACACAAGGUGACGCUGUAAAUCCAAGCGGUGGUAAGGAUCUAGCAAGUAAUGCCAUAUGGAAAGAAAUAGUCAUGCAGAUGUCCUUAGGGUCAGAAGAUAUCCGUGAACAUCGUUUACAAACGAACGUACAAGGAAGUGAAGGAACCCGGAAUAUCAUACUCCUAUUCUCAUGUGUGAUUGCAGUCUCAGUUGAUCCUUUGUUCUUUUACCUUCCGAUCAUUAAUGAGGAAAUCAAGUGCGUUGGAGUGGACAAAAAUUUGAGGACUGCUGCUCUUCUUUUGCGCGCUGUCACUGAUAUUGCUUUCAUCCUGAACAUUUUCUAUGAAAUUAAAAAGUCGAUGAAUACAGCUCGAAAGAUGCCAUGGCACUCGAUUACAAUUGAUAUUCUUGCGGUUCUCCCUAUCCCACAAGUGCUAAUGACUAUUUUCUUCAAAAUGAGAAGCUCCAAAUAUCUGGGCCAAAGAAAGAUUAUUGAUGUCUUUCUUCUUGCCCAAUAUUUACCAAGAAUUUAUCGCAUGCAUCAUUCGUCACAGAAAUUCAAGAAAAAUAAGGGAGUAUUGAUCAAGGGUGCACUCUAUUUUUUCUUAUACAUCAUCGCCAGUCAUGUGCUGGGAGGUUUUUGGUACUUUUUCUCUAUUCAACGAGAGACAUCAUGUUGGCACCAAGCUUGUAUGAAGCAUAGUACGAGUGAAUGCAAUUUUUAUUGCGAUCAAGACAUUUCUUCUAGAAAUAUGACAUUCAUUAGUUCUCUAGAUGAAUUUUGCCUUGUUGAUGUUCCGGCAAAUGCGAUCGCACCAUUUCAUUUUGGAAUAUUCCUUGAUUCCCUUAAGAGUGGUAACACGGGGCAAAUAAAUUUCGCAAAGAAGAUCUGUUUCUCUUUUUGGUGGGGACUACGAAAUCUUAGUAACUUUGGGACGAACUUGGAAACAAGUACGUAUGUGUGGGAAAACUGCUUUGCAAUCCUUACAUCUACUGUUGGCUUGCUUCUUUUCUUAUAUCUCAUUGGCAAAGUACAGACAUUUAUCUCAAUGGUAACUGAAAAAUCAGAGGAGAUGGAAAUAUCAGAGAGCAGAAAAAGGCUUUCCUUGACAUUGGUUGGUAUACAACUCUGGAUGAAUAAAAAUGGUCUGAAUAAAGAGACAAAGAACAAAAUCACCGAAAAUGUAAAAACAAAAUGGGAGAAAGUCAAAGAUGCUGAUCUGGAAAACAUAUUCUCUAUUCUCCCUCCGCGAAACCGAAUAUCUCUAAAGCGAUUUCUUUGCAUGAAAAUACUGAGAAAGUUGAAUAUGCCAGGAUCGGUCCUUAAGGGAGUUAAGGAUAUCGAAAAGAAACCAGGCCAAGAGAAUAAAGAUACCAUACAAGAAAAAAUGUUGACAAGCAUUUGUGACUUUCUGAAGCCGGUGAUCUACCCAGAUGGUAGGUAUGUUUACCGAAUAGGAGAACCACUUGAUCGCAUGCUCUUAAUUACAGACGGUUUAAUAUGGACAUAUACCACCAGUAUCAGUAGGAUUAGUCCCAGUAGUGCUAGUACAAGUCAAGAUGAAGGCCAAGGAACAGGUUCAACUUGCCUUGGGAAAGGUGCUUUUUACGGCGAUGAACUUCUGAGUUGGGCAUCUGAUAGUCUUAAAUCUUUGGACAACCUUCCUGUGUUGAAAGCAAAUGCCAAAGCUCAUGGAAAAGUAGAAGGAUUUGUUCUUAUGGCCAAGGACUUGAAGGUUGUAGUCGACAAAUACAAAAUGUAUUGGGGUUUCCCCGAUUCUCAUGUAAAAGAGGAGGCAGUACGUGAAACCGUAAAAAAAUUCUGUCAAGUAUUGAAGGGUAAGACAGGUCAACAAAAGGUCCAACCGGAGCAUCCAAAAGUACUUGAUGUUCUACCAACAUCAGCAGCCAUGGCCCCUCCACCGAAGGAUGAAGUAGUACUUAAGGUUCGAGCAUAAGACACAACAACAGCUAGCAGUCAAGUCCCUUAAGGGACUGGUUGUGUUGUGUAAUGUUGGUGGCACCCCUCCUUCCUUCAUUUGGAUCAUCAUGCAGCCAGCCAUUACCAAAUUAAUAAGUGCUUAAGAG